CAGUAUCCAAUUAGCCAGAGGAAACCAUUUUCCCCUUCGGAGAGACUGGGGCAUUAAUGUUUAAGAGGGGUAAAGGAUCAAGCAGAGUGCGAGUUCCGGCUCGGGCAGCGGCAGGCCAGCGCGCAGCUUAUAUUCGGUGUAAGGUCGCACUCGGCUGAAUCUCGGCGCGGCCUCUGUGCGUUCCUUCCUACUUCGCUAAGGCAAAGGCAUUAAAUAUGAAUGGGCCGUAGGUGUAAAGUGUCUGGGAGAGAGACAUCUGCGAGGCAGCCGAGUGUCUGGGAGAGAGACAUCUGCGAGGCAGCCGGUGGGCAGUCACAGUCUCACUCCUGGCAAAAACAAGCUGCCUGCGGGUACAUAAGGCAGACCCUGCCGAGAGCGCUGAGGAAGCAGCCGAGACCCUCGAGACAUAGGUUGGUCAGCCUUCGAGAUUGUGAUGGUGGAUAAAGAUGGCUCCUCCCAUGGAGAUGGUCACCAGAGGACCUUGCAAAUAAAUGGCUUCGUGAAGGGGAGGGCAAGAUGGUAGCGGGAAGGAAUACGCCAAUUCCCAGCCUCCACCUGGAGCCCCGACUCUUUAUCAUGUGUGUUGGAGUGUUAAUGAGAGCCCUCUGCUCUUGUUGCCCCACCCCCUGUGAGUGCCCCUCCCCCUGUGAGUGCCCCGCCCGUGACAAUUCCACCCUUUGCCGACGCCGUUUCCUGAGUAUUGUCCCCUCAGAUCUCCCGACGUUUUCUCAAAUACUGGACCUCAGUCACAACUACAUCAGAGCAGUGCCGUCCAACGCCUUCACGCACCUCAAGUAUCUCCAAGAGUUGGACUUGAGUUACAAUCAGCUUUCCCGGGUGGAGCCGGGGCUGUUCAGCAGUUUGCCUGCCCUGAGGGUCCUGCUUCUCCACCACAAUGAGCUCAAACUGCUGCCCCCUGGGAUCUUCUUGGGGAUGCCGGCCCUGUCGUGGUUGGACGUCCGAAGGAACCAGUUGGUCAUCUUGCUGGAUCAAACGUUUCAGGGGCUUAGGGAGCUGAAACACCUGGAGACGGGUGAGAACCCCCUGCUCUUUGUAUCUCCUGGAGCUUUCUUGACAUUGCCUCAGCUGCAGAGGUUGGGUUUGGAGGACACCAAGCUCAAUGGUGUCCCCUCGAGUGCUCUCGCUGCCCUACCGCGGCUUUCUGAACUGCGCUUGGGUGGGAUCAGCAGCAGCGUUCUCCGUGACCUCUCCUUCCCCGACUUGCCCUUACUGCGAGUUCUAGAACUGGACAGUUGGCCUUCAUUAGGGCUCCUUGAACCCCACAGUCUGUCUGGUUUGAAUCUCAGCUCCUUCUCCGUAACCCAUGGAAAUCUUACCACGAUCCCAGAGGAAGCGCUGAAAGCCCAGAUUUACCUCCGGACCUUGGACCUCUCCUACAACCCCAUCUCCGAGCUCCCGGCCAGAGGUUUCGGCACACUGAGGAGGCUGGAGGAGCUGAGGCUGAGCAGUGGGAGGCUCCAUUAUGUACCUUCUGGGGCCUUUUACGGCCUGGGCCGACUCCGUACGCUGGACCUUUCCGACAAUCCGCUCACUUGGCUUGCAGAAGACGCCCUACCUUCUCCUCUUGGAGGCUUGGAGACCCUCCUCCUCUCUAAUACCAUGCUGUCCUGCGAUUGCCGGCUCUGUUGGCUCCUCCACCGUAGACUUCGCUUCGGAGGGAAGUCCCCCGUCUGUGCGGCUCCAGACUCACUAAGGGGAAUGGUGAUCCCCGACGACCCAGAGAAACUUUGCCCGGACCUAUUUACGUGCCAGCCCCCGAGAAUAGUAAACCCUGGACCCCGUGAGCUGACGGUUAGGGAAGGGGACGUUCUGACCAUCUCCUGCCACAGUUUAGGAGUCCCUCAACCUUCUAUCCAAUGGGUGCUACCUCAAAGCCCACCGUUGGAGGACACCAGUACAACUGCUUGCCCAACCACCUAUAACGUAUCCCCACAAACAGUCUUUCCGACCACUCAGGAGACAGCUGACUCUGGGGUACCAACGCCCGCAAUGCCAGCUGUCCGGAGGGUCACCAUCCUCCCAGACGAUGCCCUUCAGUUCCACCCUGUACAAGCAGAGGACUCGGGGGCUUACCUAUGCACGGCCAGCAACGUGGUUGGCAACGACUCCACCUGGGUCCACCUGGAAGUCGUGCCCUAUAACGGCAGCAACGUGCCCUCCUCAGUGAUGGCGGUGAACGGUCGCCUCCUAGUGGUCAUCACAGCCGGCGGCAUUCUGCCCUUCAUCAGCUCGGUGACGCUCUGCUUCAUCUUCAUGUUCCUAUGGAGCCGGGGAAGGGGGAACAUCAAACACACGGCCCACAUAGACUACGUGCCACGGGGGAAUCGAGCUUCCACCGACACAGAGGACAACAAAUUCACCAUGAAACUGCUUUGAGCAAUGGCCAGAUUGUCUGGGCGGCCAUCUUGAACCCUGGGAAAUAAGCCCCGCCCCCCCUCCAGUGCAAUCCUUUGCCCCCACAGACACUUCAUUAACUUCAGUACUCUGCAAAACCACCUUAUUAUUAGAUACGAAUGAGAAAUUUGCAGUUGGUCUUUGUUUAUCGGUGAGUUUUGGACUGAUUGACCUUUCGUUGAGCCACUUGGUUACUUAUUAUUACUAUAGUAUUAGUAUCACAAUUAUCAUCCCCUCCUAGUCAUCUGCCUCGUUGCUAGGGUAAGGCAGACCAUAGCAACUAGAGAACAAACUCAGACCGACUGUAAAAUGGCUGAUAACUUCCCGUUUAAAGGCAAUAUAAACCCCAAAAUAAUUUAAAAAAGGCAUUUUUUUUGGUUUGCUUUGGGUUUAACGGUGGAAACCGUAAUUUUUAUUCGUUAGUGACUCGCCUGAAUGUAAUAUGUUUGAUAAUGAUUAAAUAUUUUUGUAUUGUU